GAGCAAUACACAAAUCAGAUGGCUGACCAAAGACAGCGGGCUAUGUCGACAUCUGGAGAAGCUUUGUAUGAAAUUCUUGGUCUACAGAAGGGGGCAUCACAAGAAGAAAUUAAGAAAACCUACAGAAAAUUGGCUCUGAAACACCAUCCAGACAAGAAUCCUGAUAACCCUGAGGCUGCCGAGAAGUUUAAAGAGAUCAACAAUGCUCACACUAUAUUGACAGAUUCGACAAAGAGAAAUAUUUAUGAUAAGUAUGGGUCACUGGGACUCUAUGUGGCAGAACAGUUUGGAGAGGAAAAUGUUAACACCUACUUCAUGCUGUCCAGCUGGUGGGCAAAGACGCUGUUUGUGCUCUUUGGCAUCCUGACGGGCUGCUACUUUUGCUGCUGCCUCUGCUGUUGUUGUAACUGCUGCUGUGGACGCUGUCGGCCCAAGUCCCCACGGGGAACCGAAGCAGAAUUCUACGUGUCCCCGGAGGACCUAGAGGAGCAGAUCAGGCACGACAUGGAAAAAGAGGCAGAAUUCCCAAUCACCCUCCAGCCUUCCUGCACAAACGAGAAAACCCAACUAAUCAGAGAAUGUCGCACCUAUACAGCAGACUCCUAG